AUGUGAGGCAGAAAGUGCACCUGAAUACCUUUGGCUUCUUCAAGGAUGGUUUCAUGAAAGUCAAUGUCAGCAACCUUUCAUUAAAGCCACCAGUGGGCUCUGAUGACAAGAGUAGCUUAUCAGUGGGGUUCAGUUUGGAUCGAACAAGGAAUGAUGGUUUCUCCACUUACCUGGAUGAAGAAAUGGAUUACUGUAUCUUAAAAAAGAAACCAGAACAAGAUGUCUCUGUUGUAAUCUUACUUCUGGACUUCAAAACUGAAGUUGUGAAAGUACGGUUCUCUGCAGAAGCUUCUUCUUUGUUACCUAAAAUUUCAUUCAUGUCUGAGGAAAAUGUUACUGCCUUAAGUACAAAGCCGCUAAAAACUUCCCAACAGAACAGUGAUUCUAAUAAAAAUCCUAUGAAGACCAACGAAGAUACAGACAGCAAAGGUAACGAGUCCAAACGAAGUACAACAACCUCCCAGAGCAUAGUAGAACAAGAACAUCCUGUUCGCAAUGACAGAGGAACUUUCUCAUUUCAGUUUUUUUUUAACAUCAGCUCUGAUAACCAAGAAGGUCUCUACAGCCUUUACUUCCAUAAAUGCAUUGGCAGUGACAGGCCAACUAAUGAUCAGCGGCUAUUUAGUCUCGAUAUAGAAAUUACGGAAAAGAAUCCUGAAAGCUACCUAUCAGCGGGUGAGAUCCCACUGCCAAAACUUUACAUUUCCAUGGCUAUGUUUUUCUUUCUGUCUGGGACUGUAUGGAUCCACAUACUUCGUAAACGCAGAAAUGAUGUCUUUAAGAUUCACUGGCUAAUGGCAGCCCUGCCUUUCACAAAAUCUCUGUCCUUAGUCUUCCAUGCGAUCGACUAUCACUACAUUUCUUCUCAGGGGUUUCCGAUUGAAGGCUGGGCUGUUGUUUAUUACAUCACUCACCUACUGAAGGGUGCUCUUCUGUUCAUCACUAUUGCCCUUAUUGGCACAGGCUGGGCUUUCAUUAAACACAUCCUGUCAGAUAAAGACAAAAAAAUUUUCAUGAUUGUCAUCCCGCUUCAGGUACUGGCAAAUGUGGCAUACAUCAUCAUAGAGUCAACAGAAGAGGGGACAACUGAAUAUGGACUGUGGAAAGAAAUCCUCUUCCUGGUGGACUUGCUAUGUUGUGGAGCCAUCCUAUUUCCAGUGGUAUGGUCAAUAAGACAUUUACAGGAGGCUUCAGCAACAGAUGGGAAAGCUGCCAUUAACCUAGCAAAGCUGAAGCUUUUCAGACAUUACUAUGUUAUGAUUGUGUGUUACAUUUACUUCACACGGAUCAUUGCAAUUCUCAUAAAGAUUGCUGUUCCAUUCCAGUGGAAAUGGCUGUACCAGCUGCUGGAUGAAAUGGCCACACUUGUGUUCUUUGUCCUCACUGGGUACAAGUUCCGUCCAGCAUCAGACAACCCUUACCUACAGCUUUCUCAAGACGAUGAGGAUGACUUGGAGAUGGAAGCUGUGGUGACAACUUCUGGAGUAAUGGAGGGCAUGAAGAAGGUCAAGAAAGUGGUGAAUGGUUCAGCAGAGCCACAGGGCGAGUGGGAAAGCACGGCAUGAUGGACUGGACUAAGGCAGCACUUUCCAAGAAACUUUUUUAAUUUAUUAAUAUUACUCUCAGUGGAAAGGGAGCAACUAGCACUUCCCAACACUGAAACUGCAGAGUGGGGUGUGCCUAGGGGGAGCAAAGCAGUGCAGAAAUAUAACUAUUCCUCUGAUCAUAAGAAAUUGGGAUCUCUUGGUACCUGCAAGGAGCGUGAAGCUUUCCUAGGGAUUUUGGGUAGCUUAAUCCUUUUUCCCCUUUCUGGAUCAGUUAGGUAUUCAGAACUGUUUGCAGUUGCGUUCUUCAGAGUGUGUAAUGCUAAUGUGAAGAGAGACCUUUAGUGUGUAUGUAAAGUAUAUAUUUUAUAUAAUGCCCAUAUAUAUAUACACACACUUGCUAUGUAACGUGUAUGCUGGGAAUUACAAAGCGUGUCAGAAGGUGGGAAAAGAAGAUAAGAGAUGUAAGUAUUGUUUUUUUUCUUUUUAUAAACUUUUCUUUUGGCUUGGACAAAACAUUGCAAAACAGAUGAGUAGAAGCAACAGCAGUUAUUUGAGAGACUAAAUGGCGUACUGCAUCAGAUAACUUCUGCCACUACUCACAUCACUGGGAAAGCUGAUGAGUAUCUUCUUGUCUUACCCACGCAGGUAUCCACUUGAACAUGUCAUGUUUUCAGAUAUAGUGCUAUACAGGAGGCAAGUGACUGUUCUCCAUCAAAAGCACUAGCCCGUAGUGCAAUAAUCAUUAAUGUAAAUUCUCUACUGUUCAUGGAGUUGCUCCUGAUUCACACCCACCUGGCAAGAAGUACACAAGAGGUGUAAGAUUGAUGCUUGCUUUUUAGGGUCUGCCAUGCUAUCUUAAACAUUUAAUGUCAAGCUGUGACCCAGAGCACUCUGAUCUGCUUUAUCAAGUAUUUUCAAGGUAUUUCAAGAGACUCCUUUCUGACACAGUAUAAACAGUACCAGAAUCUCCAGGGGAAAUCUGUCUAGCAAAGGUACUGCAGCACAAAUCUGUGGUUCACCAUUAUCCUGAGUUCCUUAGUCUCUCUGGAUGGCUACUUGUAUCUCUCUGGCUAUGUAGGAUCAAUGAUAACUGCUGCUUGAGAUGAGCUGAACUGCUCAAAAUGGUAUUGCCACCAAAACCAGGCAACUGCAGCUCCCAGUCCUAAAUGGUUUUUGUCAGGAAAGAUGAUGAUUACUGAAACCUCAGUGCAGGGGAAUACGGGAAGUCUUGACUGUUAGCUGCAAACUUGCAGUGGAGUCUUUAGAGACAUUUUACAAAUGCCGUGUGCAUUUUACCUGUAGUACUCUUGUUAGUAAGGCCAGCUGGUGCCUGUAGUCAUAGUAGCAAGGCAUAGCAAAUGAUUGUUAAUUUGGGGGAGGACAGAAGUGGUUCACUGAUGUAAUGAGGAUAAGCUUUAAGAAAAAUAAAUUGAGUAUAACUCACUGACCC